AUGAACAGUCCAGCAGAGGAAAAGAUGGAGGUUGCAUCUGAACUGAGCAGCUCAACUUUGCAUAGCAGGGACAGUGGGUUCUUUGAAAGAGGUGUUAAAACAAUGUUAAGUAUCCGGAAAUCAAUACGAAGUCCAAACAAAGAGAAAGGAAACGAAGGUACUGGCACUUGGAAGAGAAGAAGUUUUUUGCGAUUCUUCAAGAGCUAUGAGGAGAAUAAAACCACAAUCUGUAAUGGUGUGAAAGAGCUUGGUGAGAAGAUAGAAGCAGAGCCCAUUCAAGGAAAACUUCUUUCAGUAAUGGAAAUCAAUGAACUCAUUCAGAAAAGGCAACUUUUGGAAGCAUUUGCAAGCAUCAAGUACUUGGAAGAUGAGACCAUCGCUGAACGGGACACUGAGAAAUACAAAAAUAGCCUCCAGGAGUUUAUACGGAAAUCCAAGGAUGUGGAUUUGCUUUAUAAUUGCAUCACAAAUGCAAUCCAGUCCAUUGUGGUGGAAACACUGGAGCAUCCCACUGUAGAGGAUACCAUGCUGACCUCCUUGGCGACUUUAAUUGCCCAUGAAGAAGCAGCUCAUCCUAACAUAGACAACAGUGCUGGUCCUAGCCUGGACUUGCUUGGCACACCCAGGAAGUGGAGGGAGGAGUGGAGAAAAGCUAUCAAUGAGAGUGCUAGAAAAAGAGUCCUGAGGGUACCCAUGGUAUCAAAGGAGGAAGAGAGUUCUUGGCUUGGUCUCCACUUAGGUUUCCUCCAGAAACACCUGAAAGAAGACUUACUGAAAAUCAAGUUAUCAGUAAAAAAGUGCUAUCCAGAGGAGUACCAGGUGUGUGACGUGUAUGUGGAGGCUUUUCACAGGGCCAUUGCCUCACACUUGCAAGAGCUUUCCCAAAGACCACUGGAAUUCAACGAGAUCUACACCUUGCUCGACUGGGUGGCCAACACCUACCGCAGUGAACUCUUUCUGGGUCACCCUGAUCUCAAGCCAGAGGUUAAGGCAGAAAACCUGUCCCUGCUGUUAACACCAGCUGAUUGGGAUAAACUGAAAAACAACUACAUCACUUCUGCAAAGGGGAAAAUCAAAAGCUAUUUUGAAAACAUCCUGAGACUGGAGGUCACGGAGAAGUGGGAGAAGGAAGUUCAUCCAGAAGUGAAGGAAAACCUCUACCACUCUUCAUUCUCCUUUGAUAUUCAAACGAUCAUUGGUGAGCACACGAAGAUAUCUGGAGCAGUCAGCAGAAGCCUGGAGAUGAAAAUGCUUGAGCUAUGCCUGGCAGAGCUUCAUAAAUUCAUACCAAGGUUCGGCGAGGAGUUCGUGGCGUGGAACACUGCCCGGGACAGCCCUGUCUUUGCAUCCUAUUUCGCUGCCUAUAUCAACAGCUUCCAUGACCUGGUGUCAGGGUUAGAAACAGUGUUUAAAGUCAACACUGAGGAACUGCAGAAGAUUAUUGCAGCUCUGACAAGGAACUUCACAAAACUAUUUGUAAAUAAAUUAAGAACAAAAGCACAGCCAUUCCUGAAAAAAAUCCUGAGCAAAGACUGGAUUUUGGCAAAGGAAAAGCCAGACUCACUGGUGUUAGCAGUCUCGCAGUUCUCCGAGCAUCUGCCGCACAUGAGGGAGCCCCUUGGGCAGGAGCUUCUGCGUGAUGUUCAUAAGUACGUGGUGAGGGAAUACAUCACGCAGGUCAUGAAAUCCAGAAGGAUAAUGAAAAGGGAGACACGGCAGCAAGUGAGUGAAAAGAUGAACCGGGAAGCCCAAAUCCUUAAUAACAUGCUCAUUGAUCAGGGCUCUGACUCUGAAUGGCUCUGUCCUGCCAUACUGCACAUUGCCAAUAUCAUUGGGGAGAAGAAGAAAGACAAGAUCAAGGAGCACAUCAAGGAGCUGUGUCAGGAUUAUCCAGAUAUCAG